UUUCCGUAACGUUACCUUACGAAAGCGUACGAAGGUUAGUUAGCUUGUGUGCUAACUUCACAUGUCGGCGUGCUGACAUUGAGGACAACUAGGAUAACCUGCGCUUGUUAUCGCCUUAUAAAAUAAAAGGACCCUCAUCAUGGUGUCUGGAAAGCGACUGGCUGACAUCGGCUAUCGGACGUUUUCCGCCUCGAUGAUGCUGCUGACGGCCUACGGAGGCUACUUGUGUGCGAUGCGAGGAUACCGCUACAUGCAGAAACAAAAACAGCUGAAACUGGCAGCAGAAAACCAGGAUCAUGAAGUCAUCAAAGACUGACAUGAGAUGGACUAUAAUUAUUUUUUUUUUUGCACAGAUGUGGACAUUUCCCAUUCCUCCUCUUUUUUGUCCGUUACUAAAUCAUUAAGAUGUUAAUUCCUCUCGGGACAUUUAAGUGAUUUCAUUGUUGACGGUCUUGUGCCCUCACAAGAAAGAAGUUUAUGAAAAAUUCACCAAGCAAAUUAACCAAGAACCUAUUAUUUGCAUCAAUGGCCUGUGUAAAACUGUGUUUCAGGAGUAAAAAUGGCUGUAAUUGUUUGUAUUAUAUUAAAUGACUUUAACCAC